CUCAAUGCUAUUAAAAGGGGCGGGGGCUAAAAACAAAAGCGAUAGUAAACAAAACAAAGAUUCAGUUGUAGAAUAUCUAACUUUAAUAUUUAGCAAAGACAAAUUAAGACUCAUUUUGUUCUUUGUUGCAUAAGCUGCAGUCACAUUGAGGCCCAUAUCUUUACGGGUACAAAGCAGCAUACUACUUUUAAAGAAGAGGAAAGGGCUGUACUCAAUAUUCAGGAAGUGUUGCUCUCAGUGUACAUCCUGUGUGAGAAUUUAGAGUAACAGAAGCUUUGAAUCUGCCGCUCUGCAUCAUAUCUUCUUUUUUAUGUUUUAAGUUGCAGUAUCAAGAGGAUGGAGGACACGUUUCUAAAUGCGCUUGUCGUGGUCGUCAGUCUACUUCUCUCAAUAGAGCACAAUGUCAUUCAUGACCUAGAUGACAAUGUAGUAUUGGGCAUGAAAGACCACGAGCGUGUUCUGCUGCAAGAGGGUGAAAAGCUAGAAGAGCUGUCCAUAGCCAGGAACCUGCCACAUUCAAAUUGGCAAGCAUCCCAAAAUCCAGGGGGAGAGGGGGACGUGUCAGAUGUUAAACAAAUGUUGCCAAAUGUCAGGACCGUGGUGCAACACGAGGAACAAAUGUCCCCAGUGGGAGACCAAAACUACUUCCGCCAAACUGCGUUUGCACCAGAUGACCAGGAGAAAUUGGAUGUAUCCGCAGACUGGACAUCACAUAUGUCCAAUAUGGGUCAGAUAGACAUAGACCAAAAGGGGUCCAAUGUAGACCAGAACUUCUCGCAGGGGGAUGAGGAACUCUUAGAAAAGCCAAAAACAGGCCAUAUUGACACCCACCAUGACAACCAAGCAUGGAUUAUGGGCCAAUUGACCGCUUACAGUUGGUACCUUUGGAAGGCCCUCAGCUUGAUCUCAUUGAUUCGUUUUCUGAAAUGGGUCGUAAAACUAGAUUUCAAACCCCGAUCGAAGACGCCUUCCUUUCUAAAUGGAAAAAAUGCAACGUUCUUAAACACCAAAGUCUCCGAAAUUGAUUGCAAGACAUUAACUAGCUUCUACGACCAGUGUGUUCAAGUUCCAGCGAGCAAGAGUUGGCACAUUUGCGCGUUUGUAGAAGGUUUCGCGAACGACCUUUUGGAAACCAUGAGAAAUGCGAGACCAGAUGUGAAGAUUGAAGACUUUGUUGGAGUUGGGAGCUUGUAUGAGCAAUGGCCUUCAAGAAAAAGCCUUGUUUGUGACCUACACAUACCUAUUAUUCCUCCAAAGCCUUACAGCUUUGAAUUUGAGCUUUUGAGAGACAGGACCACUUUAUACAGCAGCGUGAACAUGGUAAAAGGUACCGAUUCAAGUAUCUGCAUUUGCAACGAUUCAAACCUAGGCGAUGACACGCUGUGUCUCCUACAUCCCGAUAACAAAACCGAUAACAUAGUAGAGGAUUAUAUGAAUCAUCCUCUGUGCCACAAGGACAGCCCUUACCUUUCUAAAACACGUGCGGGGAAGUGGUUUAGAAAUGCUGUUAAGAAAGCAUGGGAGGAGAUCAGUCACAAAUACGACUUUGAGAUAAUAUUUCGUAACGCCGAAAGCCCUGGAAGUCUCAAAGUUCGAUUCAGAUCAGGUAAAGCGAUUCUUUUUAAUAUCACACCUGUGGUUCGGUUUCAAGACUCGGAAGCACACUUGAUCUCAUAUCUCUCUUCGAUCAUGCAUUUAUCAGACACUCAUUGGCCCGUAUGUUUUGCACGCUAUGAAAACAGCCUCCUUCAACACUUAACCAAAACACUGCCGCGAAAUUCUUGUCAUAUCCGCUGUCUGCAGAUCCUCUCCUUCCUACACAAAUAUCAGAUCGGCCUGACCGGAAGAUGCGGGCUGACAAGCUACCACUUGAAAAACGCACUGUUACAUCGGUUGCUGGAUGCGCCGUCAUUGUGGCGACCCGAGCAGAUCGGACAUAGGCUUGACGACGUGUUAACUUUUCUUCAGCAGAGAGUCAAAGCUAAAGUACUUCACCAUGCUUUGCUUGGGAAUAGUCUCAUUCCGAGCGAAUUUGGGUUCCCCAAAGAAUUCCGGGAGGGAAAACCAAUCAAUUUAUUCCAGCCUCUAUUGUCAAAUGAAGAGUUGUGCUUCAAAACGGAAAGACACUUAGUCGAGAUAACGAAAAACAUACCAGUGCUGAUAUAUGAAUAUAGCACAAAGUGAGGAUAAACGGCAGAUGCAAAAAGUAUUGUUUCUUAAAUGACUUGCAAUGCAAGUUUUACUCAGAUUUACUUCAGACGUUACAGUCAACUGCACAGGACAGAAUCACUUGAAUCGUAACAGAUGUUAUAGCCCUUUAGUAUUCAUUCGAUUCCCGGAACAAUUCUAAGUCAUCAUGACCAGCAACAGAAAACUCAGGCAUGUAGUCCACAGCUGCUGAAGGUUGCCGGCCCAGUUUCAAGUCCCACGACUUACUGGUGAUCAGCCUGUUAAAAACAAAAAGUAAAGACUGUGAAGUUUUUGUGCAGCGUAAGGAAUGGGAUCCUGAAAGUUGUAUAGCAAACCAUUAACGACUUUUUUUCAUAAUCAAAAGCAACUUAAAGUGAAAGUUCACCCAAAAAUGAAAAUGAUGUCAUCGUUUACUCACCCUCUUGUCAUUUCAAACCUGUUCGACUUUUUUCCACAGAAAACAAAAGAAUAUAUAUUGAAGAAUGUUUGAAUGGGGUUCAGUGUUGUUUGGUUUCCGACUUUCUUUAAAAUAUCUUGUGUGUUCUGCAGAAGAAGAAAGCCAUACAGGUUUGGAAUGACAAGAGGGUUAGUAAAUGAUGACAGAAUUUUCAUUUUUGGGUGAACUGUCACUUUAAGCAAUACAAUAUUUUGUCUCAAUUGUCUCACCAGCUCAAAAUACUGUUCUGUAAAUAUCUCUGUGCAAAGCUGAGAAAGCUUUCCUGUGGCUCAGUUGUUAGAGCCCAGGGAUUGCACAUACUUAGAAACAAAUGUAUAGUAUAAUGCAAUGUAAGUCGCUUUGGAUAAAAGCGUCUGCCAAAUGCAUAAAUGUAAAUGUAGAAAUAAAGAUGUAAACUUAAAAUAAAAGAUGCAUUUUCAGAAAUCUACUAAAUGUACUUCAUUCCUUUGAAAAAGCUUCCAGUCAAAAUAGAGCAUCAGGUUUGAUUGCCGAGAAUCUCAUUUUUAUUGUCAUGUGACGCGAGCUGCAGAAAAUAAAAAAGAUAAGCAUCAUCAAAUUUGUGGUGUUAUACACUGACCAGAGGCCCUCCGAGAAGCAGGACAUGUGGAUUUCCAGCAGUCA